ACACAUUGUUGAUUUCUUUGGAUGAGCUUGUCAAGGAUGGCUUAUUAUUGAAGGAUGAGCUCCCACUACCAAUGCAGAUGAUUCUGGUGUUGAGGACAAGUCUCACACAAAUAGUGUCAUCUGUUGAGAUGGAUUCGAUGAGUUUAGCUUAUGGCUGUCCUGAUCUCAGAAUUCUUGAUCUUUGUGGCUGUGUAUUAAUUAUAGAUGAGAGUGUUGUGGCUUUGGCAAAUCGGUGUGUACACUUGAGGUCAUUGGGGUUAUACUACUGCAGAAACAUUACAGACAGAGCGAUGUACCCACACCGCUUUCCCUCACCGGCUCAUUGAACCGGUGUGUAAGCCAGAAGGUCUUCUCUUUGGUAUAUGUGUACACAUAAAAAAGCCUAUGGUGUUAAU